AUGGCUCGUGAUAUUUUCUCCCUUGUCCACGAUCAUCUCGGCAUAACGCAGCCUGUUCAUAUAGUCGGACAUGACAUUGGGGGUAUGAUUGCGCAUGCAUAUGCCAUGCAGUAUUCCCAUCAUGUGGCUAGUGUGAUUUGGGGUGAAUGCCCGCUCCCUGGAACUUCUGUUUACGAGAUGAACAAAAUCAUGCCUGAGCAGUUUCACUUUGUGUUCCACUGUGUACCUGAUGAUUUGGCGCUGUCUCUGGUGACCGGAAGGGAGAAGAUAUACCUGAAUCAUUUUUAUUCUAAACAGAGCUUCAAUGCCCUGGCGAUAUCCUCGGCUGAUCUGGAAUUUUAUGCUCUGCAAUACUCGCAGCCGGGAGCGCUACGUUGUGGUUUUGAGCUGUACCGGGCGUUUGAGGAAGAUGCUCGAGAGAAUCGAGAAAGCCUGCGCCUAAAGGGUAAAUGUAUGCGACCCGUGCUCAUUCUCAGUGGCUCGCAGAGCCGGCAUGCCCAUGAAGCCAGAGAAAUGGUGAAAGAAGUGUACGCUGGCGACAUCCGGGUUGAAGAGGUCGAAGAUUCUGGUCACUUUAUCGCCGAAGAGAACCCCGAGGGCUUCCUACGGACCGUCUUGGCCUUCGUUCACAAUCAUGUGUCCAAAAAGUGA